ACUCACUCCGCCAACGUACGAACGAACGAACGAACAAACGGAUCAGUCGAAAACGGAACAGCGUUACGAAAGGGUACGCUAUAAGUACGCGUGAUUCUACGUUUUUCGGGAGUGUUUUCGUCACUUUAAUGGUACUUGAUCAUAAAAUGAAACGUUAAUUAGAACAGUUUCUAUUUGAAGUGUGAAAAUCAAGGACAUGGAGUCAACCGGUGUCAUCAUAUGUUUCGUUUUUAUGGCGUUUUUAUUAGGUAUUUCUGCAGACUCGGCAUCCCUAAAAAUUCUCCCGAACACCAGACCAUUGACGAGACAAGCAGGAGAUAAGUUAGUUUUAACCUGCAGUCCGAGUAAUGUGGAAAGACCCGAACUGGUCAACAAUUUCCAAUGGCUGGACAAACGUGGGCACCGGAUCGAAAACACCCGAAGUCACGACCCUAUUUUCAUUCAGGAGGCAAAAGUGGAUAAAAGUUUACGAUUGGUGUUCAACAGGAUAACGGAGCAACAAGAGGGUACUUACACAUGUAAGGCCGAUUAUGCGGGGACAGAGUUAAUAGAAACCGUUGAUGUUUCUGUUUAUGUGGACAUUGAGUUUGUCGACGCCCCGGAAAAUCAAUUGCCCAAAGCCGGAACGAAUUUCUUGGUCAAGUGUAUCGUGAAGGGCAACCCAAGCCCCACGUUAGAAUGGUACCGAGGCGAACACUCGAUCGAGAACAAUCCGAACAAAUACGUGAAGAAGAACGACGGACUUUACAUCAUAAACGUUUCGGAGGCGGACGAUGGGGUUUAUAAAUGUUCCGCUUACGUUUCCUUAACUGGCGUGUUCAAGGAGAAAAAUAUUAAGGUAGAAGUUCAAAUACCACCAAACAUAACCUUAUCAACAAACGAAACAACGGUGGUCGAAGGAGAGGUUAGUACGGUAAAAUGUUCAGCAAACGGAAAACCACCGCCAUCCUAUCAAUGGAUCAAGCUAGACAGGCGGUACGACUUAUCAAAAACCGAUCGUUUCAGCGUAAAUGCACGAACAGGUGACUUAACUAUAACCAGACCGGAAGCAACCGACGACGGAAUGUAUCAAUGCGUAGCGGAAAACUCGGCCGGACGAGCAACUAUGGAUAUAAAAGUCAACGUGCUAGUGAAACCGAGAAUUUACGAACUGUUGAACGCUACAGCACCAGUUGGAAAUGAAACCAGACUCGUAUGCAAGGUUAGAGGGAAACCUUUGCCGAUGGUUACAUUUAGAAAAGUGGGAAGUCAGCUACCGUUUGUCGUUGGACAACAACCGGAUGAUCCUAGGAUACGGUUAGAGCAAGAAACUAUUAACGCAGAUGAAUCGGCUGGAGUAUUAAUUAUUUCCGAACUGGAACGUCCUGACGAUGGCCUUUACGAGUGUAUAGCCGAAAAUAAAGUGGGAAAAUCCUUUAAAAACGGUCACAUAACCGUUUGGUUUAAACCCACUUUUAACCGUACGAGAGACCUGCCGCCGGUAUGGACGUGGGAUAACCGACCUGGAAAUCUCUCUUGUAUUCCCGAAGCCAUACCAAAUGCCACCAUUGUAUGGAAGUUCCGCGAUGUGGAGAUAUCCGAGGAGAAUUUCAGGAACAAUCGGAUUUCUAGGAAUAAUUUUCAAGUGAUCGGGAGGGGGCCUCGGUCUAAUUUAAUCGUUACGCCACAUAAUGAUAAUGGAUUCUUUGGCAAGUCGUACGAAUGCAUAGCAAGGAACGAGUUAGGCGAGGCCUCGAUAUUCGUGGAAUUAAGAAAAGGCGAAAUUCCCGGCCCGAUUACGCAGGUUAAAAUGGCCGAGAUCACCGCGACCAGUAUAAGAUUCUCCAUUAUACCGCCCAGUAAUUACGAGGGUUUACCGAUAAGGUCGUACGUGUACCAGGUGAGGCCGGAUUCGGAGCCUGCUUGGGAUAUUUUCCAUUAUUCCCGCAGGCAGCAAUGGAGUUUCGGUGCACCCUACAUAGUGGAGAAUCUCGAACCGGAAGUGCUGUACCACUUCCGGUUUGCCGCGAGAAACGACGUGGGUUUGGGUCCGUUCGUGAACGGGCCGAGCAUGAGGAUGCCUCGCCGAUCACAACCGAACGCUCCCUUAAUUUUAACUCCUAACUUGAAUCAUACCGUAGAUGAGAUCUACGUAGCUCCUCACGCAAAUCGCUUCGACUUAAGAUGGAACGUUCCGGCCGAUAAUGGAGAACCGAUCGAUUAUUAUCUUAUAAGAUAUUGCAAGAUCGCACAAACUGCCCAAGAAGAACACGAAUACGACUGUACCGACAACAUCCAACAGUCGGUCCAAUACACCAACUAUCAUCUGACUGACCUGUAUCCGGAAACGUUGUACAAAGUGGAACUGCGAGCCCAUAACGCGAUCAGUGAAAGUGAGGCUACGGUAUUGAGGUUCCGGACGGCCAGAGGGGAACCACCAGUGCCAAUACAAGCGGCCAGAAUGAGCAGUUCAACCAUAGUAGGAAUAUCGAUAGCUGUAGUGCUAAUAAUAUUGAUAUUGGUGGAUGUGGCCUGUUGUCUCGUUAAUAAAACUGGAUUAAUAGCUUUGGUGAAGGAGAGGAUCAGUAAGAAGAAGAGUGCGGAAGAUCCUGGAUUCGAAAUAAGUUAUUUUAGGGAGGAGGAACCGUUGAACGAAGAAAAACGACUUACUGCAGAGUUCAAAGGUCGCCAAGUGAUCACACGAACCGGCGAAGUAAUUGGCAAACAUUCGGCGGUAUAGCAAUGCAAUUUCGGUUUAGUCAUUUUAUACGAGAACUCCAAAUGUAAAACCAAAAAAAUCUGCUUGAAAAAUUGACGCUUAUUAUACGAACUUUUGCGUUGCUAUAAGUUAUAUAGGAGUCUUGUGUGUUAGCGAACUGUUUUUGGUGCAAUAGCUUUUUCAAUAAUUUUUUUCUGUGAAAUAUACUAAUUGUUUUAUAGGAGCUGAAUGAAAAACGUACGAACCAAAGAGUAUUUUUAGAAAAUCAAAUUUACUAAAUGCGUUUACAGGGUUACUUAAUGAGUACAUCGAUAAAAGGGUGCUAUUUACCAGUUAUUAUAUCCCGCAUCACCAUUAGACUAUUAUACCAAUACUCUCAUAUUUUUUACUAAAAAUCAAAGACUGCCCGUAGCAAAAAAGUGCCAUUUUCAAAGUAGGCCGCUGCUAUUUUGGAAAGCUGCCAAAUGUUUUGUACUUGCUGUGCUAUUUUUUAUUUAGUAUUAAUUAUUACGAUUAUUUAUAUACAAUUUGUAAAUAUUAUUUAUUAGGCUUAGUACUAUUAGAAAAUUUGGUUAGAGCUGCAAACAUUUUUUUUAAUUGCAAAUAAGGGGUGCAGGAAUAAAACGAGGAUUUUUUUUGGACCAGAACUUAAUUUCUUAUAUACACGAUAAGAAUCGUAUUUUAGAAGUAAUUUAUUUAUUACAUAUGUGCAUAUAAGUAGUUAUUUACAUCUUACAGGUAUUUCAUAUCAUUCCUUAAUAUUUCCAAGGCAUUUCUUGUGUUUUAAUUCCUCAGACAUUUGAUACUUAUUUUUGAAAUAGUUUAAAUUCUGGGUCUGUGAGUAAUUCUAGAUCUCCAUAAACAGAAACCUGCAGAUUCAUAAAAGAUUUCUAUUUAUUUCCAAGAAUAGCUUUGAGAGCCUAAAAUGCCUGGAAUAAUUGAAAUAUGAUUUUAAAGGUCCAUGGAUACAAAAACUGUAUGUAAAAAUGACUCCAAACCCCUGGAAAGAAAACUACUUUAGAACCUUGGAGUAAGAUUGAGAUUUUUUUAAAAAUGUUUGUAACGAAUAAGAACUUACUUAAAGGGUUUAAGGAUACCUAACCUAAAAGAAGUAAAAAAUUCCAGGAGAGCUUCUUAAAUAACGUCAUACUCUUCUUUUCUUCAUUCUUCUAAUGAAAUUAGAAUUGGAAACUUCUAAAAAGUCCGGAGAAGUUUCUAAACAAAUAUAACCAAAGACAUAUUAUGAAAUAUACAGGUCCAAAAACUGAACAACAUGGGGGUGGUAUGACAUGAUGGUAUGAGGGUGUUAUUCUUGGAGUAUUUAGCGGAUUAUAGGAAAAAUGCAUCGCUUCAUAUUCUACGGGAGAUAAAGGCAACUUAUACAUUUCAGUCGAUGCUAGUUAAUGAUCUUAAACACUCGCCAAAUUGGUAAAAGAACGGUUGAAACAAGAAAAGAUACAGAUAAUGUAAGUGGCCAUCUUCAAGUCCAGAUUUAAGUUCAAUCGAGAAUUUCUGGAUGGCAAACUCGGGAAUGGUCAAAAAUAUUGAUGAGUGGAAUUAAAAACGUGUUGAAGACUGGAUCAGUAUACUGCGACUAGUAUAGAUAGAACAACAAUCGAAAGUUUAAUUAAAUUGCUUAGAUUCAAACGGUUUUUUAUCUAAAUUUAUAUUGUAACUAUGGGUCCGUUCGUAAUUUGAUUUGAAGGUUGUUUUUGUACAAUUGGAAAUUGCUGUAAUUAUCUGCAUAAACUCAAAAGAGGGAAAAACUGAAAAUUGGGAAACUGCAGUAAAUAAAAAAUUACCUCAAAGAGUCGUGAAAAAUAUGAAAUCUGAAAUAACGUUGAAAAUUUUCUUCCUCAAAUGCCUGGAAUAACAUGAAAAAUGUCUCCCAAGUGCCUGGAAUAAAUAUCGAAUUACUUCCUGAUAUUUACAGUAUUUUUUUUAAGAUGUUUCAGGUAUUUGGAGUCAUUUUCUAUUUUAUUCAAUUGAUUUGAAGUCAUUUAAAAUUUUUUCUGUUAAAAACUAUUCCUCUUGAUUGUCUUUCUUAUAUUCAAAGCAAUUGAAGUGAUGGCUUAUUUCCCUCAAGAGUUUCACGUCAUAUUUAAUCUUGAAGUACUUGAAAGUUAAUUUCUUCCUGUUGUUUGAAGGUAUUUCUUAUGUUCUUGGCCUGUGAAUAAUCCCAAAUCUUUAAGAACAGAAACCUGGAGAAUUGAAGACAGUUUUGAUGAAAUUUCUUGUUUUUGAAGCAGUUACGAUGGCUUAUUUCUUCCAAUAAUUUCAUAUCAUUUUUCGUCUUGAGGUACUUGAAAGUUAAUUCGUUGAAUACAUUUAGGCUCAUUAUCAAUUUCUUCCUAAAAUUUGAAAGAAUUUCUGAUGUUUCCUGGAGCGUUUCUCAAUCUCAAUCAAUCCCAAAUCUCCAGGAACAAAUACCUGAAGAUUUGAAGUAAUUGUCGAUUUUAUUCCAGGCAUUUGGGUUCAUUCUACCUCUCUGCCUGAUAUUUAAAGUAAUUUUUAAUGUGUUCCAGACAUUUGACACAAUUUUCUGUGUUUUUCAAACGCUGCUCAUUCUCUUGGGCUUUUAAUGAAAUUUUUUAGUUGUUCCAGGCAUUUGUGCUCAUUUUCCAUUUUAUUCUCAUAUUUUCAUAUUGUCUAAUUAUACACGUUUAUAGAACCAUUUCCAGAGAUAUGAAAUUCAAUUAUCAAUAUUCAAUACUAAAUUGCUAAAAGAGCUUUCUUUGGAGAGUUAGUUAAGUUUAGUUCAAUUCUAAAGUCAAAAUAGUGAAAAAUUAUGGAGCCACAUUAGGUUUACAAAUGAUCAGUUAUCAUAACUAAAAACUUAGAAUUAAAUAAAAACGUUCUGAGAGUGAGACAACCAUUAAUAUGGGAAAAAGUCCUGGUCCAAUUUUGUUCUGUGAUAUUUAAAGCUAUCAAAGCAGUUGAAGAUAUUGUUUAUUUUUUUCAAAGAUUUCAAGUAAUAUUUAGUAUAUUCCAGGCAUUUGACAUCAGCUUUUAUGCGUCUUGUUAACAUUAAAUUGUGUUGUCUUAGUUGUUCCACUUUUCAAUUUAUUCCAGCCAUUUGCAGUUAAUUCCUUACCUUUUGAUGAAUAUUUGGGCUACAGACACAAAGUCAUCUCUUGGAUCUUCCAGGCAUUCAUCGAGGUUAUUUUCCAUUAAAUUUGACUUAUUUUAUUCAAACAUUCGUGCCAUUUAAAGUCUUGGUUUACUUCUUCUAUAGGCAUUGUUCCAGGACUUAUCAUGAAUAUUUAAGUUUUUCAUAUAUUCCGGGAAUUAUUUAUUUCUUCCAGGCAUUUGAAUUUUUUGAUAGUGUUUAUAAAACCCGACCGUUCUAAGUACAUCAUCGAGAGACACAAAAUAAUAUUUUAACCGGUUUUAUUCAUGUACCCUUUGGCAUAUACAACGAAUGUUUUAUAUAUUUACUAAGAACGAUUUUGAAUUAACUACUUCAGGAGCACAACAAUAUAUUACUUCUUUUUUAUAUAAGACCCCAUCAAAAUAGUGCAAAGUAUUCUUUGAGCCAAUAUUGACCAAUUUUACAAUAUAAAUGUUGUAGUGCUUCUGGGUCAAGCUCAUUUACUCAAUUGUGAUUGAAAUGUGCUUUUUGUGACUUAAUUAGUUUAACAUUCCAUUAUUAAUGAUAAGGUGUGUGCUUACUGUGCAUUUGUUUGGCAUUUAUUUAAUUAUAUAUAAAAAAAACAAACAUGUCAAUGUCUGAGGUAAAUCGGAUCCCUCCGUCGAAGUGUCGCCUGAAACUCUCAAGUGUGUAUAUUGUGACAAAAUAACUAUAUCAAUUUUAAUUAGCUGAAAGAUGAUAUUUUUGGUUUAUUUUAUGUAGCUUUUUAUACCGAUUAAUAAAGGAUAAAUACAGA